GCUAUACCGAGAAGUUAGAAGCGCCAUUGUUGAAUUUGAUGUGAACUUACGAGGCGUGUUUUUGUUCAUAACUUCAUGUUUAUGUAUUUACUUGAUCUCGUUUUCAUCUUCAUUAUGUAUUAAAACUAAUUUCACUUAAUAUCUUUGUCUUCCAAGUGUUUCUUCGAAAAUAGUGGGAUAGUUGGUGACGAUGAACAGGAAAACGAGUGCGACCACUGCAGGCUGCAAGAGCAGCAAGCAAACAACUUUAUUUCAGAACUGGAGUACGGAUCAAAAUGUCAGAGAAAAUGAAGGAUUGCUGUCAAAAACAAAUCAACAAAACGAGAUGGAUGAGCAGUUUGAUGAGGAAACCCUUCUUGCAGCGUGCGAAGAGUGGGAGAUGGAAGAACUGGGCAAUGGCUCCACCACUGGACCUCAUCCGCCGGAGGCUACACCCCUUGAGGAUCUACCUGGGUUUGAUGUCUCUGCUGGUCACAUUUACAUCUACCCUAUCAACUACCCCCUCAGGGAUUAUCAGUUUAAUAUUGUUCGCCAGGCCCUCUUCAAGAACACUCUGGUGACAUUACCCACCGGCUUAGGCAAGACAUUCAUAGCUGCUGUUGUCAUGUAUAACUUCUAUCGGUGGUAUCCGAGAGGGAAGAUUGUGUUCAUGGCUCCAACCAAGCCAUUGGUCUUCCAGCAGAUUGAAGCCUGUUUUAACAUCAUGGGUAUACCGCAAGAAGACAUGGCAGAAAUGACUGGGAACAUGCAUCCACCUGAAAGGAAGAAAAGUUGGCAGCGGCAGAGGGUGUUCUUCUUGACCCCACAGGUCAUGACCAAUGACCUUAGUAGAAGGGCAUGUCCUGCGACAGAAGUGAAGUGUGUAGUCGUAGAUGAGGCCCACAAAGCUCUUGGUAAUCAAGCUUACUGCCAGGUUAUACGUGAAUUAUCAAAGUAUACCAAUCAGUUCAGAGUGCUGGCUCUUAGUGCAACACCGGGUGGUGACAUUAAGGCAGUCAAUGAGGUCCUAACCAAUCUUCUAAUAUCUCACAUUGAGAUUCGAUCUGAGGAUUCUAUAGAUAUCAGGCAGUAUGUCCAUGAACGGAAGGUGGAGAAAAUAGUCGUGCCCAUUGGUGAUGAACUCAAGCAGGUCAAAGAACAGUAUCUACAGAUCUUGAAGGUGUUUGUAAAUAGGUUGGUGAGAUGUCGUGUCCUUUUCUGUCGUGACCCUGAGAACCUGACAAAGUUCCAGAUUCUGAAAUCAAGAGAACAGUUCAGGCAGGAUCCUCCACCAGAGAUAACAGCUGCAAGGAGAGGUCCAGUUGAAGGUGACUUUGCCAUCUGCAUGAGCCUGUACCAUGGCUUUGAGCUUCUACUCCAGCAUGGUCAGCGCUCCCUCUACAGCUUCCUUCAAAACAUCGUAGACGGCACAAAGGCCAACGCGAGGACGCGCUCCGAGCUCAUGAGAAAUUCCGACUUCUCCAACCUCGUUGAGAUGCUGGAGGCCAAGUACGCUGGCUCCAUGAUGAACUCCAGUCAUAAUAUAAGUCAUAACUCAAGCCAUAACUCCAGUGGGCUUUUUACAUCCAUGGUGUCCCCAUCGCUAAGGGCAACAGGGUCAAAAGUUGAAGAGGAGGAGUAUGUCAUGAGCCACCCCAAGAUGACCAAGCUGAAGGAAGUUGUUUUAGAACACUUUGAAAAAUUCACAUCAGGCAACCAAAUGCAGGCAGGUCCAUCAACCAGUAGGGCUUCUAAUAAACCCAGCACCAGGGUAAUGAUAUUUGCUCAGUAUCGUGACAGUGUUCAGGAGAUUACUCAGAUGCUCAACCGUCAUCAACCCACAGUGCGAUGUAUGAGCUUCAUAGGGCAGGCAUCGGCAGGGAAGAAUACUAAGGGAUUUUCACAGAAAGAACAAAUCAGGGUGGUCAAUGAAUUCAAGAAUGGUGGUUACAACACCUUGGUCUCCACAUGUGUUGGAGAGGAAGGUUUAGACAUUGGUGAUGUUGAUCUCAUUGUCUGUUUUGAUGCUCAUAAGAGCCCUAUAAGACUAGUCCAGAGGAUGGGUAGGACAGGGAGGAAACGACAAGGCAGGAUUGUCAUGCUAGUGACAGAAGGGAAAGAAUCUGCAAUCUAUGAUCGUAGCCAGUACAGCAAGAAGGGGAUCCACAGGGCCUUGCAGGGCAACAGCAAGUCCCUUCACCUCUUUCCUGCUAGUCCCAGGAUGGUCCCAAGAGGGCUCAAUCCCACUGCUCAUAAGAUGAACAUCAAGGUAGGGGAGUAUCAAAGCAAGCACAAGACAAAGAUGGCCGCUCCUCCUUCCAGCGUCGCUGCCAGUAAGAGGAAAUCCAGUAUGGGAGGAGACAUCUCAAGAUUCCUACAAGGAACCAAACCUGACCCUGCAGACGAUGUAUUUCUGACAUAUGAAGAGCUUGUAUUCUGGAACCUUCAUUAUAAAGUCGAUCAAGGGGAGCAGCUUAAAGCACCUCAGGAAUCUAAAUUCCUCUCCCUCAACAAGCUAGCAGCUAAAGAGGUUUCCCUGCCAAAUGACAAGGAGCUUUCACUAAAUUCCUAUGCAGAAUGGCAAACCAACAAGCAACCGACCCACAAGGUUUCCCACUCAAGACGCUGUGCAGUCUUUGUGGAGAUGAUGGAAUUCUUUGAGAUACAGGGUCACACCGAAGACGAGGAUAUCUAUGGGGCUGAAAUGGCAAUGUACUUGGAUGAAGGGGAUGUGCUGAGACCAAAUGAUAAAGAAAUUAAAGGAAAGGAAGGAAUCCUGAAAUACUGUUCUCAGGAAAAUAAGAAACAGAAGGAAACAGACAUUGUUAUCAUAGAUGAAGAUGAAGGAGAUGGUGAUCACAAGGAGAGAACUAGGAAAAUAAAGAAAAAGGUGAAAGUUCGGAAAAGAGCGAAGAGUACGUCCUCGGAAAUGGAAAAUCUUGGUUGUGAUGAUGGUCUUCCUGCUGUGGAUCUCUUCAGUGAACCCAGUGAAAAACAAGAUGGAUACUCUGAAAAUACAGAGAAGCACAAAGGCAAGUCAGUUGCAAAGAGGGGCAGAAAGUCUGAUGAUGGGAGCAGUAGUGACGGAAAGGUUGGAAGGACUAAAAGGGGUAAGAGCCCAAGAGGUGGACAAGAAAGCAGACUGAAAAGAAAGACGAUUCCACUACCAUGCGAUUCAGAUGAGAAUGAUUUUGAUACAGACAGGAAAAGUGUGACCCCUCCAAGACCUGUUGUUGCAAAUGCUGAGGGCGAAGUUAAACAACAGAAAUCAGCCAACACAGAGGAGGGAAUGACCGAUUCAGAUCAUGGUGCUCUCAAUGAUGAACCUAUGGACACUGCCAGUGAUGAUAACCAGGUUAAACCUUGUGCAGCUUCCCCAAGCAGUCCGUCCAAGAAUCAACAAGAGCAUGCCAAAGGUGACACUUCUUUGAAUACUUCUGAGAUCUUUCUCUCUUGCUCCCAAGUCUUCAGGGCACCUGAGGUUCCCUCAGGUUCUUCCAAAAGAGACAAACGUACAUCUGAAAGGUCAAAUGGUGAGGGAGAAGCUGACCUGAUGCCACCCCCUCCACCUUCCCUCUCUGGUCUUGAUCUUCUAGACGAUAUUGAUCUGUCAUUCAAUGCCUCACAACUUGCCAGAGAGGACAACUGGACAAAGAGUUCACCAAAAAGAGAUUCUCAUCGACCUGAGAUAGAUAUUGCUCUGGAUGAGCCAGUGAUUGUUCCACCUUUACCUCUAAGAGGAAAAGAAACCAUGAUAUUUGAAAAGAAUGGAGAAGAGCUAAACACGAGGAUUAACCUUGUUACAAGUGAAACGUUUUCCAAAACAGUGCAAAAUGAUAAUGGUCUUGAUAUUAGCAGUACAGCGACAUGUCACAUAAAUCAUGACAUGGAUGAUGAGUUUGGAAAAAUUUUGGAUUCUGACUCUGAUGAAGUAGAUGAAGCUGUCUCAAACUUUGAAAAUGGAAAAAUCAAUCAGGAGGAAGCUGAUGUACCUUUUCUCAAAUCUCCAGUCCUAAAUAAGCACUCACUCAUGAAGUGUGUCCAGGUGCAACAGAGUGUUGAUGAUAUUGAUCAUGAAGAGGAGACAAAAAAUAUCACAGAUGAGCUUGUGGAUGCAUGGGAAAAUUUUGAGGGGGACAUCUUUGACGAUGACGACAAUGAUGCAAUCUUUGACAGGGAACCUGUUUCUAAUCAUUUAACCAAAUCCCCAAUCCUAUCAACAAAUGUUAAGAAAGUUGUGGGUAGGAAAGGGGAUGUCAAGAAUGACACCUCCGCCAGUCAUGCAUAUGAAGAAAAUUCUGAAGACACAGACCAGAGGAAUGGAUUCAAAGUUUCUACAGCAUCUCACAAUAUUAAACCAUGGACUGACAUAAAUUAUGGAAUGACAGAGAGGCCUGGGAUGGAAAUAAAACAUAAAGAAGAGAUCAGCGGUGCUGUGCUUUGCAGUUCCAGCAAUCAACGUCAGAAUAUCCAACCACAGCUGGAACAUGAAAUUACAGACGAAAAUGAGAUCAAACAUACGCAACAACCUAAGUUUGAUCUUGAUUUUGAUUUUGGUGACUUUUUCGACAUGGAUGAUGAGGCCUUUGAUGAGAUUGGCAUUGUUCCUCCUUCACCUCAGGUCAGCCAGAAAAGAUCAGGCUUCAUGGCAAUGUCCCAGGCAUCCCAAUCAAGAAUAAGACCAGAGAGAGAUGCAAAAGCAAGUCACACAGAUACAGAUGGAUCCAAGGUGGAUAUCAUUGAAGAGCAAGAAGCUAAGCUUAAAAAUAAUCCAAACACUCAAAAUCAAGUUAUUCCAAUGAGAAACUGUGGUCUUUCUGCUUUAGAAUCAUCAAAACCAUCUAAGAUAGAAGCCAAGACAUCUUCCCUGAGUAGAUUUAAGCGUAACCUGAUGCAUCCUGUCAACACCAAUGAUUCCAAAGUGGUAAUGUCAUUGGCACAACCAGAGAAAAUGGAGACUGCUGAUUUUGUUGGAAACGUCUACAAAGAUACAGUAUCAAGAGUUGCACAUCCUCCUGCAGCCUCUACUCCAGUGAUGUCAGAUGUUGAAAGGGAUGGUAGGCAUCAGGGUAGUACAGUGUCACCUAUUGGACAUUCUGUUCAUAGAGACAUUUCACCUGUAGAAACUCCUAACUCACAUCUGCAGAAGGCCAAACCCUUAGGUAGCCUCCGCAGCCGGCUCAGAAUUAAGAGAAAGGAUGGUUCAGGACCAAAGCAGAGUGAAGGAUCGUCUAUCCAAGAUCUGUCUUCCAGACCUACAGCUCUUCCUGGCAAGAGAAAGAGUUCACCUCUUGUUGACGAAGGACAUUUUGAAGAUCCUGUGUUAUCAAACCCUCUGAAGAAACCAAAGACUUCUCUGAAGGAAGAGACCGGUCUGUCACCUGAUGGAAUAGAAGGGCAUGUCAUCAAACCAUCCCUGGGACUCGAGAGUGGGAAGAUGGAAGAAAAAGAUGACAUUAACUUUCUUCUUGAAGGCAUUGAUUGGGAAGAUUCAUUCCUAGCUGACAAUAAACCUACAAUACCUGAUAGAGUGAAUGAUGGAAUUGAUAAUAAAAGAGAUUCUACAGACUCUACAACAUCAAAGAAAGGCACACAUAGUCAUCAUUCUUCUGAUGACACUAAUCUCUCCCACCAUCUCAAAGACAAUGAUGAAGACAGUGAUGACAGUCAAGAUGUCAUUGGUAGAGUCACCAAGAAGAAAAGAGCAGUGGUGCUGACCUCCCCAGACACUCCGAUGGCUUUCAAGACGUCACUUAGGUCGCGUCUAGCUGCGAAAGCAUCAAUUGUCAAAGAGAAGAGUGUCCAUGUGCUGUCUGAUGAGUCGUCUGAUGAUUCCUCCUUCAUCAUUCAACCUAAGAAAAGGAAAGCAAAGAAGAUACUAGAUAUGAGUAGUACCAUUAUCAUCCCUGAAGGAGACGAUGAUGACUUUGAAGAUCCCAUGAAGCAGGCCAAGUUGGUAAAAAAUAUUGAAAGAGAACAGCAGAGAGAUAAUGUUCUACUCAAGCAAAGACUCGAAAAGAAAGAAAAGAGAAAUAAGCACAAGAAGUCAUCAAACCACCGUCGUAAAGCGGCACAUUUCCUUGACGAGGAGGCAGAGGUGUCGGAAGAUGAAGAAUGCUCAUCUGAUGAGGAAGGCUCAGACCUUGAUAACUCUUUGGAAGGCUUCAUCAACAAUGCGUCUCAAUCAAGUCAAACAACAUGCCCAAGAGAUAUGCAUGCCAUCUACAUGAAAUCUGUCAAAAGCCCUCCAGUACCUGGUCCAGUUGGCCGCUUCAAGAUGGUCCAGCAUCAUUCCCCAGACCUCGAUGUCUUCUCACAGGUCCCACAGCAAGAUGCCACUUACAUGGAGGACAGCUUUGUCGUCCAAGGAGAUGAUGAGGAGGAUCAUGGUUUGAGAGAAGACAUCAGUUUGCUUGCUAUGGACAACACCAUCAACCUGGAUAAUAUCAUUGAUGGAGGAUCUAGGAGGGCUGGAGGAAGGAGGUUGAGGAAUAAGGGUGGGGAGAGCAAAGCAGCGAGGAUAUUGAGGGCAGGGAGGGCUGCUGUGUUGAAAUCGGACUCUUCGCUGUCGGAUGUGGAAGAGGCGGUGGAGGAGGAUGAUUUGAUGGACUGGGAGAUUGAGUUAGAUUUUGAAGCUAGGAAAAAGACCCAGAAAAAGAACCAUGCUAUUCAUCAAGCUUCAGGAAGAGGAAGACCGCUUGGAAAUCACAGGGGACUAGGAAAUCGGAUGGAGUCCUCAAAACCUUCUGGUGGGGAGUGGAUUAGAAAGCAUAAAACACAAUCCCAACCAUUUCAGGUCAAUCCUAAGAAUGUUCAAGGUGAAAUGGAUGGGCUGAAGAAAGUACAAGGUGAAAUUGAAAAGGAAAAGUCGCCUCUCAAGACAAACUAUGCCCUGAUGAAUUCAGGUCGGACCAAAGAUAGCUUGAUUAGUUCUGACAAAGUAUCAUCAAAACCAUGUACAUUUGUUGCCCCUCAGCCCGCUACAGCCAGUAGCAGCAGUAGUUCUCUGAUGGACUCUCCCAAAACAUUGGCUCAGAAAGAGAAGGAGGAGAGGUUGAGACGACAGAAGCAAAAACAGGCGGAAUUCCAGCAGAAGAUGCAGCAAAAGCAAGCGCAGACUUCAUCUCAGGCAGUGAUCAGUCCUGUCAAAAGAACAUUAUCUUUGUCAUCAGGGAGUCAUAAGAAGGAGGAGGUCACGACUGAAAAGACCUCAGCUAAUCGGACACUGUCUUUUGCAACUCCCGGUUCUAACCCCAGAGCUGCUUUUCCAAACUCUGAGGGAUUCAAAGUUCCUGGGUCAUCAGAAGGCAGUUUGAACACUAAGACUGACUCUGCAAAUAGCGACACUUCAAGUAAGGGUGCAAGCACUGUUUUCACCAGCCAAAAUAUUAGUUUACCACCAGACAGGUCUACAACUGUAGUCUCAGCAUCAAAUAAAAUCAACAACUUGACACUGAUGGACAAUUCUGUGGCCAAUGCUACAAUGUCUUCAACCAUUGUGAACAGUUCUGCACUCAGCAGCCCUCGAUCAGCCACUGGUCAAGCACCUUUGGUCAUCCUAGUGGACAGCAAGGAAUUGUCCAGUUCUCCUCACAUAGUAUCAACAUUGACCAUUACCUAUGGACUCAAUCCUAUCGUUAGUCAGCUGCAGGGGUGUGAUUAUGUAACCAGUACCCGUAUGGGGGUGGAGAAACGUACCCUUAGUGAAUUUGCGAAUGGGGCCAACAGGCAGAAGCUGUUGGAUAGAGUACGUCACAUGUGCGAGCUGUUUGAUAGACCUUGUCUGAUCAUUGAGAAAGAUAGAGAUAAGAACAAAGAUAAAAGACAACCACCAAAGACACUAAUCAGAACAAAGUAUUUGGAUUCUACUUUGGCUUCCCUGACUAAGACUCAUGUCAAAGUACUCUUCUCCGAUUCAACAGAGGAAACUGCUCAAAUCUUAGCUGACUUGACCAAGAUUGAAAGUAGAAAAGGAGCUGCUAUCCCAGCCAUCUUGGACAUGGAUUCUACCUCUGAACAGGUGUUGAAGUUCUACCAGUCUAUACCUGGAGUGAGUUAUGUAACAGCACUCAGUCUCAUGCAUCAUUAUCCGUCUGUUGCAGAGCUCCUUUCAACAUGUGAAUCCGUAUUGCAGUCCAGGAUUAAGGUGUCAUCCGUUCGAGCCAAGCAAAUCAUGGCAUACAUCAACCACAGCUUUGAUGAACAAAUGACAGGGUCAAGGUGACCUCUGACCUUUGAUCAUAACCAGGUUCUCCUGCUAUGAUGUACA